AUGUGUGUAUAUGUGUCCUCCAGCGUGGCCACACAAUCAGUGCUGCUGUCUGUCUGCGCUCACACCUGCUGCAAAUUCAGCAGUGCCUCUGGAGAAGCUCAACUCGGGGCUCCUACAUUGCUAGAGAUGCAGCUCUGUGUGCGUGCUGUGCUCAUGGAUCACAUCUUCGAGUUUUUGAAUGUUUGGAUUGGCUAUGCCUGCCACACUGGGGGCAGCUGUGGCCCAAUGCUCUGUUUCCACAUCAGGCUUCAGCAUCAAUAUUUCACCCCCCGCAUCGCUCAACAACAGCCCAGUCCCACUGGAGAGGCUCAGUGCUGCUGCCGCUCCGUCGCCAUGACGACUGAGGAAUGUCCCGUGCCGCUUGGCAUGAGCCAGGUGGGGGCGGGGCUGUGCGAGGACUUCGGCACCUCUCAGGGGGAUGACAUCAUCGAGGAGGUGGGGCCGUGCGAUGAUGCGGGCAGUGACCUCAGCACUUUGGUCGUGCCGUUUCCUGAGUUGGCGCCAGUGGUUUUCUUCUGCCUCAAACAGACCACCUGCCCGCGCAGCUGGUGCAUCCGCAUGGUGUCGAGCCCGUGGUUUGAGCGCAUCAGUAUCAUGGUGAUCCUGCUGAACUGCGUCACUCUGGGGAUGUACCAGCCCUGCGAGAACAUCGACUGCACCUCAGAGCGCUGUCAGGUUCUACAGGCUUUCGAUGCAUUUAUCUAUAUUUUCUUUGCACUGGAGAUGGUGGUGAAGAUGGUGGCUCUGGGGAUCUUUGGCCGUCGCUGUUAUCUUGGCGAUACUUGGAACAGACUGGACUUUUUCAUCGUCAUGGCAGGGAUGGUUGAAUACUCCCUUGAUCUCCAGAACAUCAACUUCUCCGCCAUCAGAACAGUGCGUGUACUCAGACCUCUCAAAGCCAUCAACAGAGUACCCAGUAUGCGUAUCCUGGUGAACCUGCUGCUGGACACUCUGCCCAUGCUGGGAAAUGUGCUUCUGCUCUGUUUUUUUGUCUUCUUCAUUUUUGGUAUCAUUGGCGUGCAGCUGUGGGCUGGACUAUUAAGAAAUCGCUGUUACCCAGAGGAGAACUUCACCCUCACAUCUGGCAUCACCCUCCCCGCCCCAUAUUAUCGGCCCGAGGAGGAUGACGAGCGGCCCUUCAUCUGCUCGCUGGCUCAGGAUAACGGCAUCAUGUCCUGCAGGGAUGUGCCCACCCGGAGAGAAGGCGGACGGGAGUGCUGCCUAGAUAAAGAUGAUGCACUGCACCGCCAGGCCCUUGGCCUGAGCGCGGAGCCACUGGUCAACGGUAGUGCCUCCGCCAUGGGGCUCUGUGUGAACUGGAACCAGUACUACACCCGCUGUCAUACAGGACACACCAACCCACAUAAAGGAGCCAUCAAUUUUGACAACAUAGGUUAUGCAUGGAUCGUCAUAUUUCAGGUGAUCACGCUGGAGGGCUGGGUGGAGAUCAUGUACUACGUCAUGGACGCUCAUUCCUUCUACAACUUCAUCUACUUCAUAUUCCUCAUCAUUAUUGGAUCUUUCUUCAUGAUUAAUCUGUGCCUGGUGGUCAUUGCCACUCAGUUUUCGGAGACCAAACAGCGAGAGCACCAGCUGAUGCAAGAGCAACGCGCUCGCUACCUGUCCUCCAGCACGCUGGCUUCGCUCGCUGAGCCCGGAGACUGCUACGAGGAGCUCUUCCAGCUGGUCUGCCACAUCCUGCGCAAGGCCCGCCGCCGCUCAGCCGCCCUUUACUACAUGCUCCGUGGCAAAGCCCCUCCCCCUGGAGGAGGGAGGGGGCGUGGCAGGGGAGGUGCAGGAUCAACAGGGGGAGGAGCUAAUGUGAAUGGCAGAAGGUUGAUUAGUACUAGAGAAAUUAGCCAUCCUAAACUGCCCUGUAUUCACGAUACCAAGUUGGACCACAGCUCCCAACCUCUGGAGAACGCCAUCUCCCUCUCCAUCACCCCAAACCCAGAGGAGUGUCCACACUGUACUGCCGCCCUGUCACUCAAAGAGGGGGCGGGAUCGACGGGCCACUCCGCCAAUGGGGAGGAAGAGGAGGGUGCGCUGGAGGAGACUGACAGGGAUGAGAACCGCUUGGACGAGAAGGGGGACGAUGACUCCGAGGACUCGCCAAAGAGGAAACGCUCCUGUUUUGGGAAAUGUAAAGAUGUUUGGGAUGAAAUGCGAGUGAAGCUUUGGGGUAUAGUUGAAAGCAAGUACUUCAACAGAGGGAUCAUGAUCGCCAUCCUCAUCAAUACAAUCAGCAUGGGCAUCGAGCACCAUAACCAGCCAGAUGAACUGACUAAUGUCCUGGAGAUUUGUAACAUAGUGUUCACCAGUAUGUUCACCCUGGAGAUGAUCCUCAAGCUGACUGCCUUUGGCUUCUUUAAAUAUCUGAGAAACCCCUACAACAUCUUUGAUGGCAUUAUUGUGAUCAUCAGUGUAUGUGAGAUCAUUGGGCAGUCUGAUGGGGGUCUGUCCGUCCUGAGGACAUUCAGACUGUUGAGGGUCAUAAAGCUGGUACGGUUCAUGCCAGCUCUGCGGAGACAGCUGGUGGUCCUGAUGAAGACCAUGGACAACGUAGCAACUUUCUGCAUGUUACUAAUGCUCUUCAUCUUCAUAUUCAGUAUUCUGGGAAUGCACAUAUUUGGCUGCAAGUUCAGCCUGAAGACAGAAGCUGGGGACACAGUACCUGACAGGAAAAACUUUGACUCCCUGCUUUGGGCCAUUGUCACAGUGUUUCAGAUCCUAACUCAAGAGGACUGGAACAUGGUUUUGUAUAACGGCAUGGCCUCUACCUCCCCCCUGGCUGCCCUGUAUUUCGUCGCGCUCAUGACUUUCGGGAACUAUGUUCUGUUCAAUCUGCUUGUGGCUAUCUUAGUGGAAGGAUUUCAGGCUGAGGGUGAUGCUAACCGUUCCUAUUCUGAUGAUGACAGAUCCUCUUGUAACUUAGAAGAAACGGAGAAAAAGGAUUCACUUCAGCUGUCAGAUCCCAAGCUUUCCACUUUGACCCCUAAUGGGCAUCUGGAUUUGGCACCUGCACCCAACGCCAGGGGCCUGUACCCAUCUGAAAGGCUGAGCUUUGCCCUGGGUUCCCGCAAGAGCAGCGUGAGCUCUCUGGGCAUGGCUAGUCUGGAGCAGACGGUGCUGUGUCCAGGACGAGCCUCUCUGUACCACAACUGGGGACGGUCCACGCGGCCAGGAAUAUGGAGUCGCAGGUCAAGCUGGAACAGCUUGGGUCGAUCCUCUAGAUGCCUGGGGAUGGGGGGCGGAGGCAGUUUAAGAGUCCGUAGCCCUCACUCUCACCCCGCUGAGCAGGAGUCCCUGCUGUCUCCUCCGCCCCCUCCUCUGCACCCGCCUCUGCUCUCCAGACACUUCGUCCCAUGCAGAGAACGGCGGGCUCUCUCUCUGGAGCUUCCUGAGCUGCUGCAGGUGCCUGGACCGGCCUUGCCUCCUCUGCAUCCCCGGCAAAGCAAGAAGAGCUUCUCUGGGGGUCUGGGAAGCGUUGGAGAGCACCAGGACUGUAAUGGGAAGACACCGUCAGUCCAACCACAAAUCAUCAAUGAAGUCUAUCCUCAGGUCAAUGCACGCAAGGACAGGGAGGAUCUGGACGAUGAGCUGGACUAUAGUCUAUGUUUGCGGAUCCAGAAGAUGAUAGAGGUGUACAGACCAGACUGGUGUGAGACCAGGGAAGACUGGUCCGUCUUCCUCUUCUCUCCCCAAAACAAGUUCAGGUUGUUGUGCCAGUCCAUUAUUGCCCAUAAGCUGUUUGACUAUGUGGUGCUGGCCUUCAUCUUCUCAAACUGCAUCACUGUGGCUCUGGAGAGACCCAAGAUCCUUCAGGGUAGCCUGGAGAGGCUUUUCCUCACCGUGUCCAAUUACAUUUUCACAGCCAUAUUUGUGGGGGAGAUGACACUCAAGGUGGUGUCUAUGGGUUUGUAUCUUGGAGAGCAGGCGUACUUGCGCAGCAGCUGGAACAUUUUGGAUGGUUUCCUGGUGUUCGUGUCUUUGAUUGACAUCGUUGUGUCGAUGGCGGGCGGGGCUAAGAUCCUGGGGGUGCUCAGAGUUCUCAGGCUUCUACGCACACUGCGCCCCCUCAGGGUUAUCAGUCGAGCUCCUGGCCUCAAACUGGUGGUGGAGACUCUGAUCACCUCUCUGAAGCCUAUAGGAAACAUAGUUCUCAUCUGCUGUGCCUUUUUCAUCAUCUUUGGCAUCCUGGGAGUCCAGCUUUUCAAAGGCAAGUUCUACUACUGCUUGGGCCUGGAUGUCAAAAACAUCACCAACAAGUCUGACUGCCUCUCGGCCAAUUAUAAGUGGGUCCAUCACAAGUACAACUUUGACAACUUGGGCCAGGCUCUGAUGUCCCUGUUUGUGCUGGCAUCGAAGGACGGCUGGGUCAACAUCAUGUAUCAUGGUUUGGACGCAGUGGCAGUGGACCAGCAGCCCAUAACCAAUAACAACCCCUGGAUGCUGCUGUACUUCAUCUCCUUUCUCCUGAUCGUCAGUUUCUUCGUACUGAACAUGUUUGUUGGAGUGGUGGUGGAGAACUUCCACAAGUGCCGACAGCACCAGGAAGUGGAGGAGGCCAAAAGGAGAGAGGAGAAGCGACUGAGACGCAUGGAGAAAAAGAGACGAAAGGCCCAGAAGUUGCCCUACUAUGCCAGUUACAGUCACGUGCGACUGAUGAUCCACACCCUGUGCACCAGCCACUACCUGGACAUCUUCAUCACCUUCAUCAUCUGUGUAAACGUUGUGACUAUGUCUCUGGAGCACUACAGCCAGCCUCAUUCUCUGGAGAUCGCACUCAAGUACUGUAAUUAUUUCUUCACCAGCACCUUUGUGCUGGAGGCUGUCCUGAAGCUCAUUGCAUUUGGCUUCCGACGUUUCUUCAAAGACAGGUGGAACCAGCUGGAUUUGGCUAUAGUGCUGCUGUCAGUCAUGGGCAUCACUUUGGAGGAGAUCGAGAUCAGUGCAGCCCUGCCCAUCAACCCCACCAUCAUACGCAUCAUGAGGGUCCUGCGCAUCGCACGUGUGCUAAAGCUGUUAAAGAUGGCCACGGGAAUGAGAGCGCUGCUGGAUACGGUGGUUCAAGCCCUGCCACAGGUGGGGAACCUUGGCCUCCUCUUCAUGCUGCUGUUCUUCAUUUAUGCUGCACUGGGGGUGGAAUUGUUUGGAGAGCUGGUGUGCAACGAGGACUACCCAUGUGAGGGCAUGAGUCGGCACGCCACCUUUGAGAACUUCGGCAUGGCGUUCCUCACCCUGUUCCAGGUCUCUACCGGGGACAACUGGAAUGGAAUAAUGAAGGACACUCUUCGAGAAUGCCCACCGGGGGAAUACACCUGUAAUCCCAGCCUACAAUUCAUCUCUCCGUUGUACUUUGUGAGCUUCGUGCUCACGGCCCAGUUUGUUCUCAUCAAUGUGGUCGUGGCAGUGCUGAUGAAACACCUGGACGACUCCAACAAAGAAGCCCAGGAGGAGGCAGAGAUGGAUGCGGAGAUUGAACUGGAGCUGGCCCAGGGAACGCUCUGCUGCAUCGGAGGAGGGGGGUCUGGAGUGGAGAGGAGCAGUGGGGGGCAUCAGGGGGCCGGACCCAGCUCUACUGUUCCACCUCACUCCCCAAGCACACUCCCAGGGGUUCACAAGCCCAACAGCGCCAGGAAACUCUACUCACCAGCCCAGGAGAACUUGUGGCUGGACAGUGUAUCUCUGCUCAUCAAAGAUUCGUUUGAAGGGGAGAUGCUGAUGAUUGACAACCUCUCUGGCUCCGUCUUCCAUCAUUACUCCUCCCCACCCGUCUGCAAGGACUGCAGGACUCAUCCGCAAGAGAUCCACAUGGCUGAACUGGAGCAGGCGUCUCUGAGGUCGGAGCAGCUCUCAGAUAAGUCAUCCUCACCAGCGCUGCCUGAUGACCUCAGCCUGGACGAGCAGAGCAUGUACCAGAUGGCUGCCAAAGAGGGCAAGGAGAGGGGUUGUGAUGAGUGGCUAAACACUGAAGAACCUGGAGGGAGAGGUCACAGCAGGUUACGGCGACCCUCUCGGCUUCACAGCUCUGGGACAGAGGAUGGGGCGGCAGAGAAUGGAGACGGUUUUCAAAGUCCACAUCACAACACGCCUGCUCGUCACAGCACAGGUGGAGUGCCCUGUAGCAGCAGUAAUCAGGAGCACCCAGGGGUUUCUGGAGCUUCGAGCCGCUCUACCACUCCCAUCCGUCUCCCUGCUGAAUUCUUCCAUCCAGCUGCAGCGGCCCUCCCCGCACCCCCGAGAGGCCGUCCGGGACACAAACCAAGAGGGCUUCGGCUAACUUCCCCAGCCUCAUGGGCGUCUCUACGCUCUCCUGGAGCAAACACCAGGCUGCUCACCACACAGUAUCCAUCUCACAGUGACUCCUCCCUGGCUACGGGGAGCUCAGAGAGCAGCCUACCGACCACCAUGGAAGAAGGGCUCAGUUUCAUCGUAUCCACCACCCAGCCGCUGCUGGACACACUCCUCAACGAUCGCGCCAGCCUCUCCACGGAGACCCUGAGACCCAGUCCUCCAGCCACCCAGAACCUCCAACCUACGAGGGGACACCAGCGCAGCAAGAGCAGCUGUGAAACGGACAUCAGUGCAGGAAGAACCCGGCAAGGCUCCGAUGAGGAUGUAGGGGUGGUACGGUGCGGCUCUAACCAGACGUGUGACAGCCAGCAGCUCUCAGAGACGCAGAGCAGCCUGUCGCUGACGUCGCUGCUUCUGCCGAGCUCUCUAGCGCCCCCGUCUGUCAAAAAGUGCAACAGCACGGGCAGCUUAGACCACGGGACUCUCACAACCCAAGAAAAAGUGUUCAUUAGAGAGCCACAGGGUAAAAUCACCAGCCCCUGGGAAGAAAGUAGAGAAGCAAGAAGUGAGAGUCAGUCGGAGGCAGCACAAGGAAAAGACGGGGAAAGUACAAGCCAAAUAACAAUCGUGGGCUCCAGGAGAAAUAGAUGAAGCUUUACCUAGUGUUAGUAUUUCUUCGGCCCACUACUCAAUCUCUGUUUUUUUCAGGGAGCAGUUUGACAUGUGGCAUUCCAUCUCAAAGUCUUUCUCUCUAUAUCUCCCUGUUUUAAUUUGUGACCUGUUACCAUUUUGUAUUUGCUUGUGGUAAACGUCCGACAGGACUGUAGAGAAACUGGACAGAGAGACCUGAGAGCAGUGUGGCCCUUUGGAGCAUGACUAGACCGAAGGGGACUGUUCAAACAGUUACCUGAACAAUCAGGUCAGGAGACGACAUACAGUACAGGCGAAGCUUUCCCUAUGCCGGAAUGCUGGGAGUUUUCUUAAAUGUUAGUAAAAAAUACAAAAUAUUUUUUUUUUUAUUAACCUACAAGUAUAUAUAUAGAGAGAGAGGAAAUGAAAAGGUAAGGAGAUACAGUAAAAAAAAAAGAAGAAGAAUACAGUAAAAGAGAUUGAUUCUCUAAAAGAGGGCAUAUUGUGCUUAAUGAAUUAAUGCAGUUCCAUUACAAUGAAGAUUUUAGGAUUUUAACUCAUACUGAUACACAUACACAUUCUUUUUAAAGGUUUUUCAUUUGUUUGUUAUUUAGUUUGUUUGUAUUUGUGUUUUACCUCAUCGAGGAGACAGAACAAUGUUCCACAUUCAAUCUGAAGCAAAGCAUUUGUUUUUGUAUUUAUUUACUUAUUCAGGUUUAUUUAUUUAUUUAUUUAUUUAUUCAGGUUAAUUUAAAUUAUUGUCUAUAUAUUUAAUUAAAGGGCAAGUGUAGAAAUAUGUAAUCUCCUACCUUUUGCAUUAGGAGAUGAAGAAAACAUGGACACGAGGACAAAGAACAGGCCUCUGCAUGAGCGAGUCUCUUUACAAAGAAGUUCAAUGUAACAACUACUGAAGAUGUCAAUGCUGGAAGAAAGCAGUGUGGUUUUUACUCAGAUAUUUUUUUAUUGAUAUGCUCUGGAUCAAGGAAUAAGUGACGCACAUUGUUGUGGUCACCGUUCUCCUCCCCACGUCCCAAGAACGUUUCUCUAUGUGACUUUAUUCCCUGCAAGUGGCUUCCAUUUUUAUAAUUUUGAUUAGGUGGAGGGGACUUUUUGUACGCUCCGGUAAAAAGAACCAAGCAAACAAAACAAAAAAAUAUAUAUAUUAAAAAGGAAGAAAAAUAAAUAAAUAAAAACCAUCCUAAGGAUUUUUGACUGUGGAUUACAUGAACUCCUGGAUGUUGAAUACAGCCAGACACAAAGGAUGACGAACAGGCGAUGGGAUUUAAACGCUUCUUCAAGAACCCAGGAGCCUCUGCUUUAUUUUGGUCCUUGGAUGGCAUGCCAGAUGAGGAAAACACAAAGACGGUGAUAUUUAGCUUUCAUUUUUGACAAAAUUAGGUUGAUUGGAUUUGCAACUGAAUCAAUUAUUUAUACAUGCAUUUUCUUUAGCAUGGUUACUGGACUGCGGUAGGACACCUCUGAUUUAUUAUCCCUCCUCUUUGAAAAAAAAAAUGCACUCGUUUGCUCUUUAUUUCAUUUAGCUUAGACUUGGUCACUGUAUUCAUGUGCAAAUGGAGCAACUCUAGGAAUGACCCUCCAAAUAUCUCCAAAUAUCUUAGUUUAGCCUGCAGUAGUGUUUAGCACCCCUAAUGUUUUUUGUUUGUUUUUAGAAUAUCCAGGUGAGUAUCACAUUUAGACUUGACCUGUUGAUGAACUUUGACUUGACCUUGUCGUUUGAUUGGUAGUGACUGUCCAUCCAUGACGUCUGGGUCUCUGUACAUUACGUCAGUUGUGUUGUGGUUUAGUCAGGACCUUAGUGUGGGAUUGUCCUUUAAUUCAUGGAGCCAGUCUUUUGAAAUGAGAAACAGCUAAGUAUUAAAGUUAAAUCAGCAGAACACAAUAACAAAGGGCUUACUUGGUUUCCAAGGUGUUCUUGGAUCUCACCAGACAACUUUUGCUAAUAGUGCGCAAGACUUCACAGGAUAGUCUGACACUACAGCAAUAAAGAGUAGCUUUGUGUGCCCCAAAUAUACAUAAUGAUGUCAACGUCUUUUUUUUCCCUUUUCAAGUAGAUUAUUAACCCUUGUUUACUAAGUAACAAAACCUGCAUGAUGUGAGGGCUGAACACAUUACAUUGAGAAUGGAUGGGCUGCCAAUGGUUCAGAUGAACAAAUGAAGUCAUUUCGAACUCAGGGCCUUGGAAAAUACCACUACUGAACGCGCUGUUUCCUCAGGGAGACAGAUGGCUGGAAAAAGGAGGACUGUAUGUUAAAUGUUAAUGUUCAUUUGAUUUGACUUUGCAUUUAAUGCUCUAAUAAGCUUGCGUCAGUGCAUCGCCAUUAUAGCAGGAUACGAGUGGAAGCCAGUUUUAGGAAAGUAACAGGUUAACUGAAAGCUAAGUCAUAGCCAUCUCUGUAUAGUUUGGAAGUGUGUGUAGCUUUAAGAAAAACCUGACAAUGCAUUUAAGGACGGAUGCAUAUAUUACGUGUAUGUAUGUCUGGAGUGAUGGGUGAGAUUUUAUACAAACUCGAUGUGUCUUGUCAGUGGGUUGAACAUCAGAUUGCAUGUGUGCUACAACCAUUGACAAAGAUACAUGCAUUUUAGAGUGGUCCAGGCUUUAGGUUUUAUUUUAUUUUUUUCCCUCACCCUGAGUUCUUCCUGAAACUAUUAAUGUAAAGUUAAUUCACUUUUUGAUUUAUUGAUGAGACAACAUUUCCCAUGAGACAGCUGUGGUCACGUGCAAUUUGGGUUUGUACUAGCUUAGUCCUCUAGCUCAGAUGGACAGUUCUGGUCCUCGAAUCAGAUUGGCUGUGCAGCGCUCAAUGAGUGCUGAUUAUAUCGCCUUUAGGACUACAUUUUCACUGUUGGAAUUACUCCGAUUGUCCAUGUGUGUGAGAGCGAUAUGGAGUAAGAAGUGGGAUGGGUUUGUUUUGUGCGAGCAGGGAGCGAAAAAAAAAAAAAAAAAAAAAAAAAAACAGGCUUGAUUGCAGUGCUCUUUGCAGUCAUUCAUUUCUGUUCACAUUCAAUCUUCUGUUGUAUGUACUGUAUGUUGGUGGGCAACACACAAUGCUUGAUGACUGGGCUUUUCUUGGAAGUAUUUUAUACUCUAAAAAAUAUGUAUAUAUUAUAAAAAAAAAAAAAAAAAAAAAAAGAUUUUAAAGGGAUAGUCCAGCCAAAAAUGAAAUUUCUGUCUUCUCAUUUUAAAUCUGUAUGACAUGCUUUCUUCUGUGAAAUGCAAAGGAAGAUAUUUUGGAAAAUAUUUAUUUCAUUGUCCAUACAAUGAAACUCGGUGGGGUUUCAUGUUGACUCUGGAAAUAAAAAUCCCAUUGAUUAUCUCCAUAGGGAAGGUUGAUUUUUAAUGAUAAUAAAAACAGACAAGCCUACUGUGAUCUGCGAGUUUGAUCACAGUUUUGUUGAAGUGGUAUUUCGACUGAUUUGUUUCAUAUUCCUGCUUAAUAGCAUAAUUUGUGAGGAAAAGAUAUUUAGACAUUAAAUACUGUGAAUAAUAAAUAUGUGUAUAUUUUAAUUCUGUCAUGUCUUUCACAAUGCAUUAUGGGAUUGUAGUUCUUUUCCUCUCUAAAGUCGUUACACCUUUGUCUUUUUGUCCGAUUUCCGUUUUUUUAUAACGUUUGUCAUGUUGUGAUUUAACUCGUAGAUGUUUGGUUUAGUUCUUGGCUUUUAACUCAUUACUGGAGAUGUUUUAAAAAUCUCUUUUGAAAAAUGAAUGGGAAAAAUACUUUCCCAACUUUGGGCAAUCACUCCUGCACUCGACUGGCUUUUAAAUGAUCUUGUGUUGUGAAUGAUGACAGACUUCUCAUUUAAUGGUCAACUAUACCUUUAAUUCCUUGUGCUGAUAUUCAGUGCAGCAUGCUUAUGUGAUAUUGCUUCAUUUGGAAAUUCAGAAGUAAAAUUCAUUGGCUUGCCCCUCUAAAAGAAGCAAUAAUUUCCAUGUAGCAUGAACCUUGGGAAAAUGAAGAUGUGUUGGGAAAAGACAGGAGAGGAUCUGACAGUAGACACGCUAGUCGUGCUUUGGCAUGCUUGCGUGGUCGCUCAAAAAGCUCUGAAGCGGAAACUCAAGGGAGAAGUGUUGCUUCUCCACACCUAAACCAUCUCUCCCCUCCAGCUAUCUGUCCUUUAAAUGUCAGCUGCUCUGCUGUCCCAUGUCCUGACCGCUCUCUCGUAGGGCCGUGGUGUCGCCCGCCUCGGGAAUCUUAGGAUGCGGGCUGUCACACCACUGUACAAAUCAAGUCAAAAUAUUUCAUCACGUGAAAUGAAGGGGUGAUCUUUGGCUGAGCAGUAAAUUGCCUUCUGAAAGGGUAGCGUUUCUGUAGCUGCAGUUUUUGUCUUUUACAUUGGUGCCUGGGAAGUUCUGGAGGUCAUAUGCUUUAUAUUUGACUCAUAUUCACUCUUAUCUAAUCAUUACAGCUUCGGAGAGUGUCGGUUAGAUGCAUGGAGAACCUCUGACAUCAGUGUUUUAUCUAGAGGUUGAGUAAUUACUCCCCCCGUCUCACUGAAGAAAAAAAAAGUGCUAAUCGCUACAGAAGUCAUACGGGUAAAAUAAAGGUGAUGCUCCCACUUAAUGACAAAAAAAUAUCUUCCAUAAUGACCAGGGCACCUCUAAGAGGACAAAGAGAUGGAUACGCUUGUGGCGUAUUGCAUGGCCUUGAAUGUGUCAUUAUCCGUACCUUUCCGUUUCUGAAAUGAAAAGAAAGGAAAAUUAAAUGGUUAAAGUUACUUCUAGGUGUUGUAAUUUUGGACUAAAUUGCAGCUUGUCUCAAAUCUCAAGUGUAGCUCUGAGUAGGUGUGUUUGAUUCUCUCUCUCUCUCUCGCUCUCGCUCUCGCUCUCUCUCAUUUGGUUUGUUUGGCAAUCACUAAAUCAAGGCACUAGCUCUCCAUCAUCACAGAGCACAGCACUUCACAUACCUGAAAUAUGAUAGCCUACAUACACACAAACAACAGUUUCAUCAAGGUGACACACAGCAAAUCGCUCCUGACAUCCUGCGUGGAUUUGGUUAUUUAAGCCCCACCACAUUUAAUGCUGAUAAAGGGGAAAAAAGAAGAGCAAAAGAGAUAAGACAAAAUCGCCAUAAGCAUCCUGUGACAACAGGAACAAAGGCUGAGAGUUAUCUGAUGUGCCUGUCAAUCUGGCCCAUUAGAAGCAAUGCUGAUACCUUCAGUACACUCUACAGCUGUGCCUCUCAACUGGUGGCCUGCAGCAUCUUGGUAGAAGGCAGUUGACGUUGAUAGCCUUGAGCAUAAAACCCUGGAAUUGUAACCAAGAUUGUCAGUUUUCUAUGCCAAUUUUAACAUAUUAUUGAACUUAUGCCAUAUCUGCAAAAAGUCAACUUUGUCAGUGUUUAGGGCAAAAUUACAUAUUGAUUUAAUGUAAUCUUUAAUAUUAGACUGUUCUGUAGGGAGCCAUGUGUUAAAAAGUGAAGUGAGAGAAGACAGACUGCUGGUACUUGUUCUGUUGUGUGCAGACAGUAUUUUGGGUCAGUUUAUAUUAGUAAUAGACGAAUUUAAAGUUUUGUUUUGUUUUAUUCUCAUCAGGCACAAGAAAUGUUCGAACUGAUGUUGUGAAGCUUUCCCAGUUGAGGUUAUAUUACUAUGCAGGAUUUUGCAUAUAACAUGAAUUUGCUUGCUUGCAAGUCCUUUCCUAGUCCUGAAUCAUACAUUUAUGUAAAAAAAAAAGUAGUGGUAAAAUACAUUAAUAUACAUGUUUCUGAGAGCUUUACUAAUGUGAGUUCAGCCUCAGUUCAUUGAAUUCACUGGUUGACUUUGCCCGUUAUGUGUAUGCUUAUGCAUGUUUAAUAGACAGCUGAUGGCAAUGAUAAUUCAUUCAUUGUCUCAGCGAUUAUGGAUAUCCAUUUGAUCCUGAUUUAAAAAUACAAAAUGUUAGGAAAAAAAAAAACUGUAGAAACUUUAGGAAUUGUAAAACAAAUGUCAUAUCCUGAAUCGAGACAGCAGGUGUUUGGGUUGAAAUCCUAGCCCCAGAACCCUAUUUGGAAACAAGAGAGAUCUUUUUGGUGGGCCCGAGACUGAUGAUGAUUCUUAUUUGCAAUGACGGCAUCAUAAUUUCUUGUUUGGGUGCGGCAGGCCUGCUACUGUCUGGGCUUGUCUGCGAGCACUACGACAGGCUUAUGAAGUGUCAAAUCUUAGUUAUUAAGUUUGCCCAGGCUCACCUUGCCUGUGAUUGAAUUAUGGCCCAAUAGCAGGCAUCUAAAUUAGGGGAUCACUAAAAUGUGCAGUUUAUUGUUUCAGUGUUCAUUUCAACAAUCAACAAUUGAAAUGAAAAAUCCUUCAAACAGUGCACUGAAGAUUUCACUAGACUUAGUUGCUGCUUAUGUUAAUGUUAUGUUAUGUUAUGUUGUUAUGUUAUGUUAUGUUAUGUUAUGUUGUUAUGUUAUGUUAUGUUAUGUUAUGUUAUGUUAUGUUAUGUUAUGUUAUGCUAGUAUGUUGCUGUUUUGGUUCAGACAGGAAAAAAUGGGAUCUUUAAUUCUGAUCUGAUUAAAAGUCAGGUUUUUUUUCUUCUUAUGGCUGCCUUGUAAGUCUUUGUUCAAAAAUUCAUUUGAAUAGACAUUAAAACCUUUCCCGUGAAAAUUUAGUGAAAUAUUAGGAAAAAGUUUUGAAAGAAAUGCAGUAGUUGCUUGAUCUUUUAUGUAAACAUAUUUACAGUACAUAAUUUUUUUUUCUUCCUCAGACUAAACGGAGCAAUGUAAACAAUAUAUUUCAGAGCAUGAGUAUUUAUUUAUAAGUUAUAAGUUUUCGUUAGUUCACAGAUGUCUGCUGGGUGUAUUGCACAAGCUCAUUGAGAGAACUAACAAUGUUUAUUUCCAGAAUGUUAUUUCUGUUUAUUUAUUUAUGCUGCAUUGACAUUAAUUAGGUGAGUGUCUAUAUCCUCCAGGCACAUUUUGCUAAUUUUCAUGUCUUUUCAUGCACUUAAUUAUUUACAGGUAUAAUGUAAUUCAUACAUUUCAAAGUCGUCAUUAGUCGUGCAUUUUUGUUAUUUAUAUCAAUGAACACAAUCUUGUUUUUAUCAAGCAAAACAUGUGGAAUUCUGACUGUAAGCUUGAGGCUCCAUUUCCAGAACUUAAUUUCAUUUUGCAGGAACAGAUUGAGCAUGAUGCUAUGAUAAAAAAAAAAAAAAAAAAAAAAAAAAAAAAAAACCUGCAGUCCAAAACAUUCUUGCUAAAUGACUGCACCAAGUGCUCUGUGGAAAUCCAAAUAUGCUUUAGCAUUGUAGGGAACAAUACAUUAUAUAUACAGGGCUCUCAGUGAAUUUGCUGAGGCAUGAAUUCUUAACUUCAGCUUUCUGCUUGGAACAAGGUAAAACAUUUUCCACUUAAAUGUUACAAGAUCUUAUUUUAAAGCCAAGGUCUUAGAAAGCACAGACUCUGUUUGGCCGUUGGUUAUUAUCAGUGUUAAGGACCAUGAAAGGACCAAGCUGCAAGCCAAUCAUUGGAAGUUGACCUAAAGAACUAAAAGAUGGUGGCUGCUGUCACACUCCAUUGGACUUUUGUUGUAUUUUCAUUCCAUGUGGAUUCUGUGUGACCACGUUUUCCCUCAUGUAUGAUUAUUGUCAUUUGGUUCAGGUGUGCCAUUAAUUACCCUCAUCAGCCCUCCUAUUUAAAUGGGUCAUAUGAUGCUUUUUAAAGAUCAUUAUUUUGUGUAUUUGGUGUAACUGAAUAUGUUGACAUGCUUUAAUAUUCUUAAAAUCAUUAUUUUUCAAAUACUGUACAUUAUCAUAGGUCCCGCCUCUCUCAAAUGCAUAUUUUCCCUCCUUCUGAAAAGCGCAGUCUGCUCUGAUUGGCCAACUGGCCCAGUGCAUUGUGAUUGGCUGAACACCGCUUGCACUCGUCGGAAAUGUAAAGCCCCUUUCCAUAAUCACGAGCUUCAUCUUUCAAAAUAAAUGUAAAGACAGUUAAUAAUGUCCUUAGUUUUACCGUCAGUUCAAGCCUGAAAGAGGAACAGAGUCGCGUGACAGACACAGUGAUGAAGUUCGGAUGUGUUUUCAGUACACAAGACACGGACGGUUAAGACAGCUGACUCCACUGUGUGACCCCGUGUCUCUCUCUCUCUCUCUCUCUCUCUCUCUCUCUCUUUCUCUCUCACACACAAACACACAUUUUAACAAUUUAUUUAAGUCCACUUAAAAGAAGUAACAAGGACAUAAAUAUUAUAGAUGCAGUUAAAUACAUUUACAAGAUCAUGGACCCGUGGGAUACGGCUGGUAUUUUACAAUAUUAAGCAUAACACUUAGUUGUUAUGGGUAUAAAUAACAGCGUCUCCUCCAUAUAUGACGGCUGCCUAUGAUAGCAGACAGUGCACAAUAAUUUGCCAAGCGUUUGCAAAGUUGUUGAAACCCUCUUACAACCAACCUAUGCGUGUGUCCUAAGCUGCCAAAUAUAAAAACAAGUAAUCGGCCUCAAUAACCUAUUUAUUAAGUGGUAUUUAGGAGUGAUUGAUAAUUAAUGAUUUUAGUCAUGAAAGCUUCCUCCAUACUAGAGUCAAAGGUGCAUGCAACCUCCAAAACAAACAUCUAUCUACACUCCUCAAUCAUCUGGUGUAUUAGCAGACAAAUGAGAUGAGAAUAUUUCAGAAUUACUGUUAAAUUACUGAAACAUGGAUGCAUUUACACAAGAAUGUUGUAAUGAAAGACCUUGUAACACUCCAAAGAGAAAGGAAACAUUGAAAUCACAUCAUAUGACCCCUUUAAGUUGUGUUCUACUUCAUCCCUUUGUGCGCCUCCCUGUUUUGUCCUGGUUUUAUCCUUGCGGAUUUAUUAAAUACAGUUUGCUCAUCAUCUUCCUUGUGUGUUUCAUUCCACCGUAGCAUGACAGCUGCACAGUAAUCUGCAUCAUAUUGUUUCUGGCGCAAAUUAGUUUUUUAUUAAUAUCUCAGUGUAGGUGACAUGAUCGGUCUUGAAAAGGUAAAUGUAGACUAUAAAAUACACCCAAAUUUACAUAAGCAAAUUGAAAACAGUAAAGAGUGUAUCAGCAUUUAUGUGUUUAUUUUCAUCCAAACUAAUCGAUUGUUUUAAAUUAAUCAGACUCUACAAUGUUAUGUGAAACAGAACAGGAUUUGAGUACGUUUCUUUAUUCCCCAUUGCAGACAUUAAAAAACGUUUGAUGAAGAGUUUGACGAUUUUUAAGCAGGAAAGCAAACUAAUUUAAAACAGCUGUGCCACUACUAAAAUUAAAAAUGUUAUUAACUUAGUUGUGUCGCUGCUUUUAUAGAUGCUUCUCCUCAACCCUGUUGAUUAAAGGCCUACAGUCCCAAAAUAAAAUUGUUCACUGCUAAUUGGCUUCUAAUGUCAUGACGCAAUCACAUCAAUAUUGUCCCGCGCGGCUGCAUUCAUGAUUAGAUUUGAUUUUCAAUUCAGCGCAAUGGACUAAAAGGCCGUUCAUUUGUCUAGUUGAAUGUUAUGUCAUGGUUUAACAGGAAGCAUGGUCCUUGCUUAGCAAGUAAAGCCUCUACUGUCCCUCUUCAUCUUUCUUCUGCUUCAUUUAAGUGGCCGUUUGUUUGCGUUCACGCAGUAUAUUAACUCGAUAAAAAACCUCAUCCGUUGUUCUAUUAGAAUGUGAGGUGCUAAUAUUGGAAAGAGAUUACUCAAAGACUGUUUUGCCCGGGUUGACAUUAAUACAGUGUUGCAGAUAGGCACUGAGAGACAAAAAAUCACUAGCAAUUUAUUCCUGAUGUGUCAUGUGCUCUAUAGCAAUUAUGAUGCUGGCCUAUUGUGUGAAGAAUAAAGGAGAUGCAAAGAUAGCAUUUGCUGUUUUUCAUCAACCCCGUGCACAGCUCCUGAUCUGUCACAACAAAAUGCUCUCUCUCACCCAUUGCUCUCCAUAUCUGUCUAUCUCGCUUUCUUCCAUCCUUGUAAACGUUGAGAUGCACGUGCUUGGGCAUGCCUCUAGAAAAUUCGACUUGUGCAUGGUGCGCGACUGCAAGUUCACACAAGGUAACGGCUCUUGGGACUGUAUUGCAUAUUUAUCAUGGCAAUUAGGAGACUUGUGCACUAAAGGCCAUUAAAAAACGAAAGUGCCCCUGCGCAUUGAUGCGGUCUGUGCUCGCCGCUCGUUCUCAAAGCCGAUUAUCAGUGGCUGUGGCUUUUGUGUGUAUACGAGAGAUGCUCAAACUCUCCAUUACAGCCACCAUCUCGGCACUAUACGGCCCCAACAAGGGCUCUGCCACUCCCUUUCACUGUACCACUCUGCUUUCAUAGAAAAUAGCAGCUCGCCGAGAGAGAAAUAAAGAGAGAGCGUUCUGAAAUCUGUGGAAAGGGUUCAACAGGUGCAUAUGCACCAGCCCACAGACAUCUAUAAACCAAGGUUGAAAAUAGUCCUUGUUUGUCUGGGUGACAUAUGUUGUAUAGCCCCGGGCUCCAGGAAGCCGGUCCGAAGCCAGCACCUCCAGCACAGGAAGUUACUAUAGUGCACGUUACUAUGAUUCUCUUAGUCAUUCAUGAAGAGAGGAACCAAAACGUCUGGCUGUGAAAUCUCUAUACAGCUACAAAUCAGAAACAAAUUGCUGAAUGCUAUGCAAGAGGAGAUGUGGCACUUGUUUGGAGGCCCAGAAGGAUGGGUGGAUGGGUAGACUCUGGGCCCCUGCUCCACAUUCACAAUCGCAUGGUCCCAGCCGUGCAUGAAUGAAUGAAUAGAUGCAUUAGCAUCUCCUCACAUCAGUCCUCUGAUGUCUCCCACACUUUGAUGUUUUGAAAAGAUGGACAGAAAGAAGGGGGGAAGGAGAAAGAGAUGGCAGAGGAUGAGAGAGCUGGAUGAAAGCCAACGGUGAAGGAAGAGAGAGGAAGAUGGAUCAUUUGGGAUUUCCACAAUUGUCUUUGCAUUGGUUUUAUGUUGCAUCGUCUAUGAAAUUAAUCAUGGCAUAGAAAAUGGAAGCAGGGAACAGCUCUUUUGGACUGUUUUCUGUAAUGGUCCACGAAGAUGAUCUGGGAUUUAAACAUGGCCAAGUAUGUGACUCCCCACUUCUGAAUAACAAUGGGUUUAAAUACUUCAGAUUUUUUUCAGUGGAUUCUUUAUCUGUUCAACAAAACUAAGUCUAAAUUAUUUAUUCACUCACUGAUUCAUUGGCAUUGGUUCUCGAUUUUGGCCACCUACAUUUCAGUCUGUUUCUCACCCAAAUCAGUCAUACUGCAUUGCACAUGAGCUGUAUGGACCACUUUUAUGGUGCUUUUUAGGCACUUUUACUUUGAAGCUUGAAAGCUCUAGUCACCAUUUAUUGUAAUCGCAUGGAUUUUUUUCUUUGGAUCUUUUUUGUGUGUUGCUCAGAAUAAAGAAAGUUAUACAGUUGACCAUUAUAUAUGGUUUCUUUAAAGCCCAUGAUUUUGGAAUAACAAGUACAUAGGGUGUUGUGUUUUUUAAUUUUUUUAUUUUUUUGACCGUUUAUUUGAGCGGCAGCAGAGAGAGAUGAAUGGUAUCAUUAUCAGUUGUUUGAACUGUAAAAAGCACAGCCUUAUGUCAUGUUUCCACAUUUGUUAACAUAAAAAGCCCUUUAUUUCAGCAGUCUGAUGCAGCGAUUGGGUCAUUAGAGAUCCACUGGGAGAUCUGAGAAAGAGACUUGGUAGCACAUAAAGACCACUACCUUCUUCACGGUGUGUUAACACAGCAGCCGAUGUAGAGGCAAAUCGAAUGGAUCUCAGACGGUGUGAGCUGGAUGAGAGUGGGGAAUAGGUCUACAGUAGAUGGGUUUGAGCAUCACAGAAACCAAUACCUCAGAGGAUGAGAGCUCUUCGGAGGAAAGGAGAGAUGGAAUUGGAAAUGAAAUAUUUUAAGCGUAUUAUGGUUGUGUGAUCCCAUGUCUUAUGGGUCUGUGGAAUAGAAAAUCUAGAAGGUGUCUUGUAUUUGUAAAGCGUGUAGUGUUUAAAGAUUGAGAGCGCAGAAUAUAAUGGAAGAUAUAAAUUUGUUCAGGAUCAUUUGAGGACAAGGGUGUUACGCUAUCUAAGGGUGCUUAAACUUUACAAAUGAUUACGAGUGGGAGGUACUUCCUAUGAGCAAGCCCAAUCAGCAGAGCUGUCACUCGGAGUCACUGGGGGUGUGGCAUUACUCCUCUGAUUUGAUCAAGCUGAGUGGCUGUUUAUAUGAAAGACUUUAUGAAUAUAUAUAUAAAUAUAUAUAUAUAUAUAUAUAUUGAUAUAUGUAUACAUAACACUUUAUUUUUGCUUUCUUUGUACUAUAUUGUCAAAAUGGAUGAUUGCUUUAUUUUGUUGAUUCUGUUCAUAUGAAAACCAAACAAAACGUUGUGCAAUAAUGAACAAUGAAGAAAAAAAGUACCUUGUAAUUUAGUGUAUAUAUUCAGCCUGGUGGCAAUAAAGAGGUGUGACUUCUAAAAAGAUUUGACUGAGAACGGAGACUGAGGUGUCCUCUCUCACCUUUGUACAUUCACCACCGGUACUGCUUAAGUUUUCAUUGUAAAAUGUAUUGUAUGAAAUAAAAUUUAAGAUAUUGCGACUUUAUGAAAAA